GCAGACAAAGUAGGGGUUGCUCGAAGGAGGGUGGGUGUCGGAGACAGCUGCGGAGCUGGAGGAGGCUGGCGCUCUCCGGGGCACCGUCCGCCGUCUACCUUCCGCGGGCGGCUGCAGACGGUCCCGCGCUGGGCAGGUUAACGUGGGUCAGUUGGUUCCCGUGCCCGGUUUUGUUAUCCGGAAGUCAUCACCAGUGUGUGGAGUCUGCGCCACACCUGCCCCCUGCCGAAUCACGGCCUUCACCUGCGUGCUCCAGUGUUUCCCCUGCGACCCGUCGUGUAGGAGGACCUCCUGGGCCACCUCCGAGUUCACGCAGCAUUCGGUGGCGCCAAUGGUGAAGAUGACCCGGUCCAAGACAUUCCAAGCGUACCUGCCUUCAUGCCACCGCACAUACAGCUGCAUCCAUUGCAGGGCUCACCUGGCCAACCACGAUGAACUAAUUUCAAAGUCUUUCCAAGGAAGUCAAGGGCGAGCCUAUCUCUUCAAUUCAGUAGUCAACGUGGGCUGCGGUCCUGCAGAGGAGCGAAUUCUGCUAACGGGACUUCACGCCGUAGCUGAUAUUUACUGUGAAAAUUGCAAAACCACACUUGGUUGGAAAUAUGAACACGCCUUUGAGAGCAGUCAGAAAUAUAAAGAAGGCAAAUACAUCAUCGAAUUAGCUCACAUGAUCAAAGAUAACGGCUGGGAUUGAACCGCCGGGCGGAGAGAAUGACGACUGAUCCACGCGAGCGUUCACUCUUCCGACUGGACAUUUAUCUCCGAGAACGAGCAAGCGAUUGGCACUUGCUGGGUUCCACGCAUUCGGGGGCUUCGUUGUCGUCCUGAGGCACGCUUCCUCGCACCCCCCCACCACCCCACAUCGCUGCCAUCCUGAAUCGGCGACCGGCCGCUCCCCCCUGCCCUCCGUCACUUUGCUUUUCGUAUCCGUUUGUGAGUCCAACCUCGAGUUAGCGGUCUUCUAGUCUUCCUCUUUCACCGUUCUGGCAUUGUGUUGCGUUGUGUUGUUUCUCCUUUUUUUUUUCUGUGUUUUUUUUUUAACAACGACAAAAAUCAAGGAAUGAACCCAAUGCCAAACUGUUACACAACUUACGUCUCAGUAGAAACUGAUGGUUGCCUUUUUUUUGGGGUGGGGGGGUUCUAAAGCCAAGGUUUAUGACUCCUGGGGGGGGUUGGGAAAAUUAAUGUGGGACGAACGAGAGGGAAUGAGUAAGGUUUCACUCGACCCCUUUGUCCUUUUAAAAUCCUGACAAACCAUGGCUUGAAACUCGUGGACUGUAAAAAAAUAAUAAUAAUAUAUAUACCUCAUGCCUGUCUUUUUCUCUUGCGUCUCAAAAAGGUGUAGGCCUCCAUAAUUUUAGGCUAGCUGAUUCUAGUAUUCUCCAACCAGCUACUUUCUCACCUUGGUCCCUGGAGGUGGUUUCUCUUGGAUCUUGUCUUUUUUGCUGAGCUCGCUGAAAGGAAAGAGGAAAACUGUGAUUGAAAAGGGAUGUUUUUAAAUGGUUUCUAGAGAAUUAGCCCACCCCAAAACCCUGCAGAGAUAAGCCUGUUUAUCUGGGGGGUUCGGGGUCUUUUUGUUUUUUUGUUUUUUGGAUUGUAAUCUAGCAUCAUACAAUUGAGGUCCCUCAAGGAUGCGUGGAUUGUGUCGAAAGCGAAAAAGGGAGAUGCAAGGAGAACGUAAAGAUGGAGGCAGAAGAAGUCACGCUCUGCCUAUUUACAGAUGUCCUAGCAACUCCGGUAAGGUCUGCUGUGGGACAUACAGAUAUUGCAGUUAGAGAGCCAAAGCUUAAAUCCUUUUUGUCUUGUUGUCGGUUUUUUUUAGAGCGUCUCCUCACACAAGUAGCAGAUUUUGGCCCGUAACGUCGUGCGAAGGGAAUAUUUCAGAGCCUUGGAAAGGGUUCAGAUUUGGGUUCAACCAGGAAAACCUGUGGACCAUCAGCUGGUGGUUCCCAUCCAUUCCUUCACUUCCGUUUUGGGAAGAUUGAGAGCCUCUGUUCCUUCCCUCUUACUGCAUCCCAGCCACCUUCUUUCUCCUCGGUGGCCUUAGCUCUGGUGGUUUAGGAUCUCUGGAUUUCCUUGAAGGAUCUUCCUUGCAAACGAGAAGAAUAAGUUGGGUUGGUGUCGCCAACGGUGAAUCCAAACGAUUCGCUGGUUGCUUCCGCUAAAGGGUGUGAAAUCACCAGACUUGACCGAAAGGUCCUUUUGCGCUGAAAGAAAGUGUUAUCUGUGUUGAGAAAAAUUAAAUAGAAUAAAUAACGUUAUAAGAGGGACCAGGGCAGUCGUUCCUGUCGCUAGCGUCUGCAUUUUCUCUUACCCCACCCCCUCCUCACUGAUCAGAAGGGGACUCGGCCAGAAGGUUGAGCCUGCAUUGUCUUCCUGUGUUGGAUCUGAUCUUUGAGAUUCGGAAGCGGAGGUGGAAUUCAGCCAGUUCGUGCCGGUUCGCACCGGUUCGCCCGAGCCGGUAGUGGAAAUCGCGGGUGGGCCCGCCCCUCCGCCCCAGCUCUAUGCCAUCAUAUUUAAACACGUUUUGUAGGCCAGGUGCAUGCGCGGAAGGCGCGCGCACCAGCAAAGCGCCCGCGCGGAUGUGAGGCGCGCGCUCUCACAUUUGCAAACCGGUCAGGAAAGUAAAUGAAUACCGCCUCUGUUCGGAAGCUUGUCUCCAAGCGAUCCCGUUUUCCCCGGUUGCAAAGCCGUGGGACGUGUAUCCCUGGGUGGCUUAAAAAGUAUCCUUGCCCCACUGACCUAGCUAGGGAUUUAAUGGUCUCUCCAGCUUUGCAGGAGAUAAGACUGAAUGGUACUCUGGAUGAACUAAGUCUGGAGAUGGACUUAUCUAGGGGGGAGAGCUUUCCUGGAAGUCACUCCCUUUGGGUUCAAGGAGAGCCUUGGGGUUAAAUUAUGAGGCUGAAGGACCUUGGAAAAAUUCUAGGGCUAACUCUCUGUCCUCCAUCCACCCACCUACUCUCCAAAGCCCUCUAAUUCCCCUCUGUUGCAUUUGAUAGGAUCGGUCAAUAAUGGUGUGAAAUUUUUUCCGCCCUUUGACCCGACACGUAAUACAGGAUUAGUUCGAAUGGCAUUGACUUAUUAAACCUAUUUCGAUUAUUAUUAUUUUCCAUCCUGUUUUUUCUUUCAUUCAUAUUUCAUUUUUGUAGGGGGUGGAAAUUGUUCCGGUGCGAUCCUCUGUACCAGGGGUCUCCAACCUUGUCAACUUUAAGACUUGUGGACUUCAACUCCCAGAAUUCUGGGAGUUUUAAAGUUGACAAGGUUGGAGACCCCUGCUUUGUAGGAUACAAAGCAGCCCAUAAUAGAGAGAAAGGGAGAGAAACAUCCCAUAAUUGGCAGGAGAUAAAGUAAGAUCUUAGCAAAUUGAUUUUUUUUUAAUGUUCUGGUGUCUUUUUGGACCUUUUUCUUUGGGGUGGGAGGGAGAUAAUUUCCAAGUUAGCAGAAAAUUGGGAGAGCAAGAAAAUGAAUUGGACUGUACCACCGACAGAGACGAGAAGUGGGAGGGGGGGGCAGAAUCUGUUCGUUUUGUCACUUUAAAUGUUUCAGGGACUUAGCUACGUGCUGGUGUUAAGAGCAACCUGUGUUCUCACUAUAUUAAUAUUAUGUGACUUGUUUGGAACUUCUUGGAUGGGAGAUUUAGGAAGAAGGGGUAGAUUUAACCGUCAAUGCCUAUGUCAGUGUUUCUCAAACUUGGCACCUUUUAAGACCUCUGGACUUCAACACCCAGAAUUCCCUAGCCAGCAUGGAGAACUCUGGGAGUUGAAGUCCACACAUCAGAUUGAAAAACACUGAUUUUAAAGCAUGGAUCUUCAAGGAGGUUUCUAGUCCACAUUACUGCCAGCGAAGAAAUAUGGAAGCGAUAUACAGUUAAUGAAGCCUUGGUCUAAAAUUGAGGAGCUAUGGGUUCAAAAUUUAAAUCAGAUAUAGGACUCAUGGUGUGACUUUUGAACAAUUUGCUAGCUCUCAACCAGUCCCAUUUUUCAGGAAGUCCAGAGGAGUGAAAAGAACACCUGUGUGCAAUCCUCGACUCCCUUCAAAAUAAUAAUAAUUUAAAAAACAAAUGCAAGUUUAGGUCCCAAGAGGCAUUCUUGAUUAAAAAUUGAGAAAUGGAAGAUAGAAGUUCUAAUCUGUCACAACUUCGGUAGGGAUUAGACAGGAACAGAGGCUGAAUUGUUUCCAAGGACAUUGUCAGCUGGCCACAGCUGGAUCUGACUACACAUAACCCUAAGCUAAUAUUAAAUAUCACCACGGUUUUGCAUCCUACA